AUGAGUGGAGCCGGCCGACUCGCAUCCCGCACAACAGUCUACAGCCCGCCAUAUGCCAUCAAUGGCCCAUUGAACCCCAUCAAGGCCGAUGCCUCGUCGGGGCCUGUGACGCUGUCGGCUGCCCACAGCAGGUACCUGCGCCCGGUCACGACGACCUGCUCGAGGUCGUUGGUUGCAUCGACUACCUGGGAGAGCAAGUCGCCGUCUGACCGCAGGCCGCGGAAGCAUGAAAAGAAGAUGGCCACGCUCAGGAACUCCUCAAAAUGGGCGACGGACCGGUACGACCGGUCACGCAUGGUCUCGUAG